GUCACCACCUCCACUUGGACAAACAUCAGGCACCUCUCUACACACCGUUGUCAUUCUUCUAUGACAAGACACUAUUUUCUUAACAGUGAACUACAUACUUAAUUUCCCUGUUUCUAUUCUUCAGCAGACAGUUAUCAAAACCGUGAAACCGUGAACAGUGAGGCGAUUCCAGUCAAGUCCCCUGACCACCUCGCCCCCGCCCGCUCCUUAAUAGGUGCUCCAGGAAGGCCAGAAUAACUGCCACCGUUCGGUGGCUGCAGCUACCCUGCAGGCGACGCUACCGAAGGGAAGAGGGGGGGAUAAAAGAAAAGGAGGAAUAGAAACAGAGUUCCAACGGCCGCUAAUACACAUAAGCAUCGAACUAAGGGACCGUCACUUUGUUCGGAUUUUGCAUCUUAUAGCUUCCUAGGUAACCGGAUUCAUAGCAUCAUGGCAGGCACAAGGAAUUACGAUUUCCUGAUCAAAUUGCUGCUGAUUGGUGAUUCUGGAGUUGGAAAAUCUUGUUGUCUUCUGCGAUUCAGCGAGGACUCUUUCACUCCAUCUUUCAUCACCACCAUUGGCAUCGACUUCAAAAUUCGGACAAUUGAGCUGGACGGUAAGAGGGUAAAACUCCAGAUAUGGGAUACAGCUGGUCAGGAGCGCUUCAGAACGAUUACGACGGCAUAUUACAGAGGAGCGAUGGGUAUACUCCUUGUCUAUGAUGUCACUGAUGAACGCUCAUUUCACAACAUUCGAACUUGGUUCUCAAAUGUUGAACAACAUGCAAGCGAAGGCGUGCACAAAAUACUUAUUGGAAACAAAUGUGAUUGGGAGGAGAAACGAACCGUCUCCACCGAACAAGGCCAGCGACUUGCUGAUGAGCUUGGCAUACCAUUCCUCGAAGUUUCCGCUAAAAACAACAUCAACAUCGAAAAUGCGUUCUUCAGCCUUGCUUCCGAUAUCAAGAAGGGCAUGGACAUGUCCAAGUCAGAGCAAGCCGGAUCGCAAGGUGUCAAUAUAGACCAACAAGGUUCUGGCUUGAGUGGCAGUAGUGGGGGAAAGUGUUGUUAAGCUUUCCGCCCAUGGUCUAUAUCUACUACAACUUUACAGCCUUGUUUAUUACCAUUCUAAGUGCCAUGCCUUGAUACUUGGAGGCUUUACGAUUUACUCGGACUUACUUUUCGAAGUAUGGCACUGUAACGACACGUGUGUUCAUAAUUAUGGCCAUUGGAACUGGUGGUUCCUCUAUGGUUUUCUUCUCGGAGCUUGUUAACUGGCGUUAAUGAUUGCCUAUUUCGUCUUCGUCGUCUUCUUCUCUUUUUUGUUUCUCUUCCUCGUCUCUUGCAAUGAUGCCUGUCACAGUGUAUGUGUAAUUGGAUGUAAACAAUAUGUUUUCAUUAUAUAGAAGUAUUAUCAUCCUAUGAAGCUCUUGACGGGGCUUGGUAACCGAGACCCUUAUAAUGUUCCAGUGCUUCAUAUUUCUGUAAUUGGUUACUAAUGCUCUUCACUCGGGGAGGGAAGGAAAUGAAAAAA